GACCCGAGAGCUAGCGAUGCUAAGCUAAGUGUCGCUAGCUACCGGGAGCGGACAUGUUGAACCGACCCUUCCCUGAAUAAACAUCGCUGUGAGCGGGGAACCGGGAGUGUAGGGGACGACCUGCAGCGUUGAGCAAUCAUGGACGCAGUAAACGCCUUUAACCACGAGGUAAGCCGUCGUUAGGGCUCACAGACACCCCGAAGACACCGAGUCUGGGGUGCUGGUCAUGGUGCUGGGAUACACUGAAGAGCUAGCUGAGCAGGACGGACCAGGCAGUGGGCCUAGCUAGCUGGACUUGUCCAUCGUACCAGGCUUUGAGUUUGCUGAGUUAGCGUGUUGGAGCAGUACUUGCAACAACCCUUCAUGCUAUAACUCAAACAAAAGAUACGGAUUCAUGCUAGAGAACAGGUUAACCCAAAGACAGUAGAUUCACAACAGUGAAGUCUUCCUGCUGCAUGAAGUUCAGACACUCACGAUGGUGUUAGCUGAUGGGAGCAUGGGAUCAACAUUUGUGAUGGUUUUGAUGCUCCUGCAACAAAACAGCGAGCCAGAUCAGUGUGACUAGGAUAUUUCAGCCCUGCAAGCUUGUAAAUACGAUGUUCCUAGCAGUAAAGACGACAAACCGUGUUUCUUUAGAUGCUGUCAGCAGGGAGAGACACCUGUGUUUGUAUCACAAGUUAGUCCCACUACAUAUACACCGACUGGUCAUAAUCAUAUUGGCAACCUAAUGCAAUCCAAUACAUAAAGUCUACUAUAAAUUGUAUUCAAAUUGAUAGUAUCUGUUGUAGUGGGUGUUGAUGGUGCACUUUAUAGAAAGCUGGUUUGAUAUUUCGAGUCCCUCCUGUUUAUUAAUAGAUGAACAAAAUAUAAGGAACACCUCUCAAUACAGCACACUCCAGUCCACCUCCACCACCCACUACGUCUUCAAUAAUAAAACCCAGCUGUAGUGUAUAGUCAUGCUUAUUUGUUUAUAAAUGUUAACCACCAUUCUUUAUGGUCAAAUGAGACAGAAUGUACAGUAUGUCAUGGAUACUGCCAUUGGACACUUUAUUAAUAGCACACAUUCAAACCGCUGAUAUCUACAAGUCUGAUGCCAGGCUUUUUUGAUAAGAUUACAGGAAAUCAAUAUCCAACACAGCCUUUUAGAUGCAGCGUCAGCAUCAGUCAGUCAUGAACCUCAUAAGAUUUAUCCUGUCUCUCUUUGCACCAUGCUGUAGCAAGGCCUGAUAUACAGUUGAAGUUAUUAUCAUACAGUGUGUCAGCCUCUUGAAUCCUAACGUCAAAAGUAUGACAUUUUAAGGUACUGAAUCAGUUGCCAGUUGGGACACUGUGCAUGCUAAAAUUUUAACAGAUUGUGACCAACUAAUAAGUAAGAAUUAGAUGCAUUAAUUGCCUUUUGCCACAUAAUAAAGGGUUAUCAACCCAAUACUUAAGAGUCAAUGGUCCCAUAUUUGAAUUACUGGACAUUUAGCUGUUUAUGAAAUUAUAAGAAUUAAAAUCUUGAGGAAAUACCUUCUUUUUUUUUGUUAUACCGUGACUCUCUUAUGCCUGUACUCAUUAAUUAGCUUGUUGUGUUUCACAUUAUAUGUUAUUCUGGUGUGUAAAUUUGUGUACUGCUUUCGUUGUAUCUUAAUAUCUACAUUUUUGUGCGCUUCUAUAAAACUAGAUGCCAUACAUUCAACUCCUACUGCUACCUGUCAAUUCUGACUGCAGUACACCAGUUCAUGUUCUGUAUUGGGACUAUGUUUAACUCCAUCACCUAUAUUGUAUGAACAAAUUCAGUUCAAUUAAUCUGAUACCCACUCUGUUUCUAGCUAUUUUCACUGAUGGACUCUAAGCCCCCGAUCUCUCGAGCAAAGAUGAUCUCCAUCACCAAAUCAGCCAUCAAAGCUAUGAAAGUAAGCUUGAUUCUGUUAGAGCUGUUUUUCAUGUUUCAGAAAUAUAUUUGAUUGAUAACUUACCUGCUCGCCUCUUUCUUUAUCAGCUCUACAAACACGUGGUCCAGAUUGUGGAAAAGUUCAUCAAAAAGGUGAAACAAACCUGCCAAAACACAGUUCUUAUCGCACAGUUUCGGCUCACCAAACAUAAAAUGAACAUAAGCGUGUCUCCUUUUGCUCUGUCCAGUGUAAGCCUGAGUACAAGGUAGCAGGCCUGUAUGUGGUGGACUCCAUUGUAAGGCAGUCGAGGCAUCAGUUUGGAUCUGACAAAGAUGUGUUCGGCCCGAGGUUCACCAAAAACAUCACAGGAACCUUUGAGAACCUCUGCCUUUGCCCAGUCGAGGAUAGGGUAAGAACUGAGCGAGUUCUAGAAAUUUUGUCGUGAUAAGUGUAUCUGAAUUUAAAGGGUAUAUAAAUACAUAAUAUCUCAAUACUGUUACAUUUCAAUCAGUUUUCUGUUUCUCUACCUCAUUCAUCUGUUUACUUACCUUUUUUAUUUCCCUUCACAGAGUAAGAUUGUGCGGGUGUUGAACCUGUGGCAGAAAAAUGGGGUGUUUAAGAUUGAGGUCAUUCAGCCUCUUUUGGACAUGGCUGCUGCUUCUGGCAGUGCUGCUGCACCUUACAUGGGCACAGAUGAGCCAGGUAAUUUGUACUAUUUAAUACACGGGGUAGCUUUGACUCCUGUGUGUUCAUGAUAUUCUUAUUACAUACAUUUAUAUAGACUCUGAAAGUUUAUUUAACAGGAUUUGUUUACUUUUGAGGGUUGUUACUAGAUUGUAUGUUUAGUAUGUAAAUGUGAAAUUGUGGUUUUUAUUACAUAAUGUCAAUAAUUUGAUUAGUGUUUGCUGAGGUUGUAGUAGUGGGGGAUUCUGUUAUUAACAUGCUGUAUUUCCACCCUUAGGUUUAUCCCCACCUCUAGCCAAAGAGCCAGUUACCGCGGUAACAGCAAACUCCACCACUACUCCUGCUGCUCAGCUGCAAAACUCUGAUGCCUUUGCUGCCGUAGCGCAGCUCUUUCAGUCCUCACAGGGUCAACAGGUGCGCGUUCACACAUUCAGGAGGCCUCUCUUUGCUACCGCAGUUGUUGAUGUUGUAUAAUUGCUUCGUACACACACUGUAGGCUCUCGCUAAUGACUCUUCUCUGACUCUUUCAGCUUCAACAGAUGCUCCAGAACUUUCAACAGCAGCCGAUGAAGCCUGAUACCAACACUCAGCUUCCUCUCCACACCACUCAAACACAGCCUCAAAAUGUUGCCACAGGCCUGGGCAUGGGGGCCACGCAACCUCCCCUGCCCGCCCAACCUACCCAGCAGAAGUCAGCUUUUGACAAGGUGGCUUUUUGUUUGUUUGUUUGUUUCAGUCUUUGUUGCGUGUAAAAGCAUGGUAGAAACUUGAAAGUAGCUCAUGAAGCUACAUGAUGAAAUCAUUUUGACCAUGAUGUAAAACCACCAAAAUAAUGUUAAUAUCAGACUUAUCAUAUUGUGUGCAAAAAUACAGAUAUUUGCUUGUAAUAUUGGUGCUUUUUAUUUUGCAAGUCUGUAACAGUACUUUUGAAAAGCGCCACCAUCAUCACCCUUGUUCCCUUAUUGAUCCCACAAUGGUGUAAUAUUGGUGUAUCUGUAUGAGAUUUUACAUUACGUAAUGUGAUUGUGGAAGUUCAAAAGGAGAAGUUUCACAUACACAGUCCUAUAGAUUAAAUGCACUUUCUAAGACAUUCAGAACCAUUUCUGCAUUUGUCACAAGCGUAACUCUUCCUUUUUAGAAGCUGCUGGAUCGUUUCGACUACGACGACGAGCCAGAAGUCUCCGAAGAAGCGAAGAAGGAUGAGCUCUCGUCACAGCCCUCCUUGUAAGCCUUUUAUUUAUUUCAUCGAUUACAUCAGCUUUGCACUGACAUUCAAUGGGAAGCUCAUGGUGUACUUCUGUCAUUAGUAUGCAGCAACCUCCAGCCAGUCUGCCGCACAUGGAGCACUUUAAACCUCAUAUGAUGAACAUGUCACAAGACCUCUCACAACAGGUAAUUAAAAAUAAAGCCGAUGUUGUUUUAGCAACCAAAAUUUUCGAUUGUUGUACAACUAUUAAAGCCUUACAUGAUGUUUGACUAAUUUUAUAAGAACUGUCCAUUGUUUUUGUUCAAAUUGUGAUCCUUUAUAAAAGAGGCACUACAUGUAAAAGAAAAAAAUAAUGAUUGCAAGAAAAAAAAAAUAGUUUUCACAAGAAUACUCUUAUAAGAGCUGCACAUGUUUUGUAUUUAUUCUGGUCAACUCUUCCAGGUUCCUCUUCCACCAAACGGCCAGCUCCAGGCCUACGGUUUACCACCAGGACAAGGUUUCCCAGUUAUGAUGCCUCCCAUGGGGCAUGCUUUACCAGGGCAGCCCCUCCCUGGUUCGACUGGGCCUCCGGGCUUCCCCGGAAUAUUCCCUCCUCACAAUGCAGCCCAGCAGCAACAGGUCAACUUAAGUCUUUGAACAAUCAAAGGACAUGUAAAUCUAAACAGUAACUUAUAUAGAGUCGAGUCAGUCAUGAGGCAAAAGUAAAAAAGGUUUUACAUUUGUGUUGAAUUCAAAUCUUAUGGCAAGAAAUUUGGUUGUUUUUUUAUGUGUAAAAUCAUGAAACUGUAACUUUCAUACCAUGUCAGGAUUUGUCAAUGGAUAUGGACCGUUCAUCUCUGAGAGAUGGCAGGCGGCGGUCGCACUCAGGCUCCAGGUAAAUAUCUGAACUAACCCCUAACUACCUAAUGCGAAUAUGAAAUUCACUCAUCAUCAUCUGAAGUGCAUUUUCCCUGUAUUGUAUUUUUUAUUUUAUUUUUUUCGUCUAGGUCGCCAAAGCGGAGGCGGUCGCGAUCAAACUCCCGCACACGGCGAUCCAGGCACAGACGAUCCCGCUCGCGCUCCAGAGAGCGCCGUCACCAUUCUCCACGGUCGCGCUCACAUGAGCGCAGGGAGAGGGAGAAAGAGAGGGAGCGGCGACAGAAAGGCCUUCCACCAACCAAGAACGAAACACUUAGCAGUGAGUCUUGAUGUGUUUACACUCAUGUUAACUCAACCCGACAGAUUCAAGCGAAUGAUGAUCCAUCACUAUCCUUAACCCUUAAUCAUGUUUUAUGACUCUAACACUUCUUUUCCCUUUUCUCUGUCCCAUUAGUUGCUAAUAUUUUUGCAACAUAAGUUCUUUAUCAUCUGACCUUGAGUUUCUGUCCUUAAGUUUGUAGUACGACUCUCUGGGUUGGCCAGUUGGACAAGAGAACAACACAGCAAGACGUUGCCUGUUUAUUGGAGGAGUUUGGGCAGAUAGAGUCCAUCAAUGUAAGUGAAGUGGAUUGAUCCACAAUCUUCUGUGUCUGUAACAAACAUAUUUGGACUUCUGGACUAUUUUUUCUUAAUAUAGGUAGUGAUUUUAUAAAACUUAAACCAAAAACAGCUAAUUGUUACUGAUUUGUUGUCAAUAUUUAAUGCUUAUUUUUAGUGAGACUAUCCUUUUCUCAAUCUUUGAUCAAUUUAGUACCAAUCUACACUUAUUACUGAUCACAAUAUCAUUUUUUUUUACCCCUAUAUGUUUGUCCUCGUCUUCUGUUUAGAUGAUCCCUCCGCGCGGCUGUGCCUACAUCGUCAUGAUACACCGGCAGGAUGCUUUCAGGGCUCUGCAGAAGCUAAGCAGAGGAUCUCAUAAAGUUAACCAGAAAACCAUUAAGGUGAGCAGGCUGCACAGACUGCGAAACAGAAGAGCCAUUCAGUGUAGAGGCAAACAGUGAUUUAAUCAGAAGUUCUGUUUUGAUUCUUGCUCAGAUUGCUUGGGCUCUGAACAAAGGAAUCAAGGCAGAGUUCAAACAGUACUGGGACGUGGAGCUGGGUGUCACCUACAUACCUUGGUCCAAGGUCAGGGAGGCUCAGGUAGAGGAGCUGAAAGAAGGAGGAAUACUGGAUGUGGACACUCUGUCACCAGGUAAAGGGCUUUUAUCUCAAACAGUACACAUUACAGUGUACGUGGCAGCCUGCGUCAGGACUAAAUCUGAAUGUUGUCUCGUCUUUUUUAAGAGUGGACCACAGUGAGGAAGGCUCUAAACCUCCCAGAGGAACUGACACAUAACGGCAGGUCAGAGCCACAGCAGCCUGAAGAGACCCAAAUGAUACCUGUAGUGUCAGUGGCUCCUCCUUCACAGGUAAGAUGUUCCAUCUGUGUAGACUUGUUGAGCUUGGUAAUGUCACUUUAAAACAGGUAGUAUGUAUAGAGUAACUGCCUGUCGUGGCUGCACAGGGUUUUUCCUAGUUCAGAAUGUAGCCUAUGGUAAAACCUCUCAUGCUGUGUUCAAGCAAAUAGUUUUCACCAGCAUAUAUUUCAAAAAGGACAAUCUCACAUUCAGUUUUCUUUUAUGACAAAUAAACCGCUUAUCUCUUGGAAAUCAUUCUGAGGUAUGAAUUAAUUUUUUUUUUCACAACAUCAAUAAUUUCCUUUGAAUAAAUUCUCAGGUCCCUCCAAUGCAGCAGCCACUGGUUGGUGUGGGUCCCCUCCAGCCUCCUGUCUUUCCAGGUCACAUAGGCGUGCCUCCACCCUCCUUUCCCCCAGGCGUCCCUCCUCCAUUCAUCAGACCUGCCUUCAACCCCUUGCAGAUGCCUCCAGGUAGCACCUUUUGUCAGCUGCCAUCAAACCAUUCUUCACUGGAUCUGAUGCUGUUUUUUUUACUUGAGUUAGAGUUGGAUGUUGUAGUUGGACUAAUCUUCACGUCUCGUUUUCUCUCCCAGGUUUUCCUCUUCCAGGUUCUAUGCCUCUAGGUCCUCCUCCUCCCUCUAAAAGUGGAGCUGAAGACCAGCCUCUGGACCCUGCAGGUUUGGGCUGCAGAAAAAAUGACGAGGGACUUGAGGGUCCCAACAUCUUUAACAACCAGAUGGGUCCUAUGGGUCAGUCACAUGUGCAGUUUCCCUCCCUAAACCUUUAAAGUGUCAUUUACUUCAGUUCAAAUAUUACACUUCUCGCUCUUUUCCUAAGAUCACACCUGUAUGUUGUUGUUCCCAUCAGGUAACCAGCUUGGUGGACCUCUUGGUUCUCUUCAAGGUGUUCCACCCGGGAAUAUCCAACCCCAGGCUGGUGGUCUGCUAGGGGCACGCCCUGGCAUAAUCCCUCUGCAGCGUCCCCCUGUUCUUCCACCUCCACACAUGCAGCGUUUUCCUCCACCUCAUGGACCAAGACCUCCUCAUCCCAGCAUGCCACCAAUGCCCCCACAGAUGCUGCCCAGAGGGCCACACCCUCAAAUUAUGCACCAUGAACCCCCCUCACCCAAAGGAGGCUUUGGGAUGCUCCCUCCUCAUAACAUGAGGGCCCCUUUCCCUCCACAUGGGCAUGGCCCCUCUCCUCAAGGUCCUCCUCCUGCUUUUAUUAGACCUGGGGGUCCUCGUGGUCUAGAGGGGCCAGAAGAAAUGGAUGGCAGACCAUUUAGGGGCGAAAGGCCUGGAUUCAGGGACCGAGAGCCAGAGAGGGACAGAGACUGGGAUCGGGACAGAGAUAGAGAGAGGGACCGAGGUUUUGGUGGUGGAAGGCGUCCAUUUGGUGACGGUGGUAGAGGAGGAGGUGGUGAUAGAAUGGAUGGGAGGGACAGACUCGGAGGCUGGCAGGACGAUGGAGGCGAUCACCGGGGAGGAGGAUGGGACCGCGAUCGGGACAGGGACAGGGACCGUGACCGGGACAGAGACAGACGGGACUGGAGGGAGAGAAGAAGCAGUCUGGACAGGGAUAAGGAACGAGGGAGGGGGGAUGAUGGGGAGAGGGACCGAGGGAGGGGGGAGGGAGGAGAAAGAGGUAGGGGAGAGGGAGGGAGUCGUGAUAGAGUGAGGGCGGCUGAAGGAAAAGAAAAAGAAGGGGAAAGGCCAAGGCGGUCAGAACGGCGAGAAAGGACCACACGGUGGGACAGGGACGAUCGACUGGCCGAACUGGAAAGCAUGGACAGAUUUCGGACUUCCAACAGCACAGAGCAACCUCGUUUGACUCCUGCGGUCGCCACGGAGAAAGAACCUAGUGGGGAAGCCCCCCAAAAGAAAGUAGAACUUUUAGCUCCUUCAUCGGAAGUAACUACUGCUGCAGAAGAGCCAAAGCCUUCUGAGCCCUUACCUUCAGCUCAAAGUGAGCUUACAGAAACUAAACAGGGAGCUGAAUCAUAGACCACUGCUUCAGUCAGAGACUGCUCCACUGAGACGUAAAACAAAUACACACACACAAAAAAUAUGUUUUUCACUAAAAAACCAGCCAACAAUUUUGAGGUUUCCCAAGCAGUUAACUCAUUCCUUCAAUCAUAUUUCUCCCUCGUUUCAAACAUAGAUUUGUUUUGAUUAAUGCGAUGUCUUGCAUGUUAUCAUGUAAGAGCAGAGACGCUUCCCGCACGAUUUAGCCAGGUUUGGUUGGAGUACAUAUGCAGCGCCAAGGUAUUUGUCAAACUUUCCUUUUUGUACUACCAGCUUCAAACAAUGCUGAUAUGGUCUGUAGAAAGAUACAUGAACUUAUAAGUAAAAGCAACAACAUCUUUUAAAUACAUCAUGGACAUGAAAGUUGAUAUGAAUUGAUUUUAUUCACAAUCUCAUAAACAGCCUGCAUUUGUUUCAAGUGAGUGUCUAGACUAAGUAUUAACAAAUGAAUAUAGAAACAAGACCAGACUUUUGAGUUAUUAAGGCCAGUAUCAAAGGAAGUCCAGUGUAAAGUGAGCUGGCGGCAGUAGCACCUGACAUGCAGCCUGUGUGGUCACCGUGAUGGUAGGAGACCCAGCAUUCAGAAAGGCAGCUGUCACGCGCUACCCAGUCGUCUGGUGUCCCCUUUGGCAUAAUAGGCUUACCACCAUUGAAUUUGAACCACAUGACCACUUAUUGGUCUGUAUUAAAAAACUGGCUGUCAACUCCUUCCUGUAAGUAUUUAGAUUUAACAAAGUUCUUGCAUGUUCCAGACUUGUCCAUCUAAGCUCUGCUUUUAAGUUUUUACUUUGUUGAUGUGCAGUUGGAGAGAACAAGUGGUUCCUUAUUUGACUCCUAACCUCGAGUGUGAUAGCAGGAACUCUGACAAGUUUAAUGUGGUAUUUUUUUAUUUCUCAUUUGCCAAGAUAUCCUGUUUCAUAUUUCCUCAAACAACUGGUCAAUAAUAGAGGGACGUCUAUUUUUCUUCAUUAUUAGAAUCUCAUUGUCAGCUCUACAUUGUACUUCCACGUCCAACCAUGCAACAUUUUAAAAGGACAACAUAAGGCUCAAGAUCUUAGAACAAGAUAUUGGUACCAGAAGGGUUCUGGUGUCUGUUUAUAGUCCAAGUACUACAUACCAAAUACACUUGAAAGAUCUGGACUCCAUUUAUUUGUAACAAGCUUGUAACACUGGAACUGAUAGGAAACCAAUUAUUCUCACGAGGCCUCUGAAUACCAUCUUUGCAGUCAUAUUUUUGAUUGAACUAGAAUUUCCAGAUUGCUAGUCAAGUAUAUACACUCCAGUCACUCUGUUAUAAUGAAGUAAAUCAAGAGUGCUCCACACACUUUGAUGAUACUGUACUCAUUUAAAUGUCACUUUUGUGGUAAGGAUUGUCAUUGGGAUCUUUUAAUUCUGUUUGUCAUAGUAAAACAAAAAUAUUGGGCAUAAUGAAAUAAUGACGAGUCCAGUACUUGAAAACCAACAGUUUUUUUUUUUUAUUUAAUUACUGUCCGAAGUGCAUUUUUGUGCACAAUAAUUGACAGUACGAGAACACGUCCAUGUGAAUCUCCCUCAUGGAAGAGAAGUCAAAUCAUCAAAAGUGGGCUGAAAUGCAUAUAAAAAAAUUUGUACACUAUUUGUCAAGAAAUUGAUUUAUAUUUAGAUGUGCAAAAACUGUUUCAAACCGCAGACAGACAAAGAAAAUGUUAUUUUUUAAAUCUCAGCUUUUUUUUGUAAGUGUCACACCUUGGCCUGAAUGUGUAAAUAUCUUGUUUUUCUGUAUACUGUUCUGCAGAACCUUUUGAAGAUCCAUCCAACACAUGAUUAUGAACGAGUACUGUACAAAAAAAGUGCAAAAAUUCAGGUGUGAGUGAUUUUUUUUUUUAAAUAAACACAAACCGGCUCAGUGAGCUUUGUGUUUAUGGGGUUUGUUCUUUAUUCAGUGUGUAUCAAAGGAAGAGGGAAAAUCUUUCAGAUCGCACCAAAAAGCUUUCCAUUUGUGUCAUCACGUACAUCAGUCAGACAGGGAUCUAACUGAGCUUUGGCAACACCCCUUAGCUUAUUUUUCUCAUCUUUUAUAAACAGCUUGAACUUGGUUUCACUCAAGACAUACUGUAUUCUUUCAGUCCAACUAUUUUUUAACAAAUUAAAUACUUAAACUUUGAAGCAGCAAGGACAAACCUCUAGAAAUGAAGUGUUGCUUGGGAAAUACUGCUGUAAAUAUGCUUUCAUCACUGCGUUUUGAAAGGUGUAAUGGAAACUUGUUUGUUAUCUGUAAUUUGAUUAUCCAGGAGAAACAUAGAUUGGACGAAGACACGGAGGCCCCUCGCUUUACAUUUUUUUAAACUCCUCGUGGUUUGAAAGUUCACAAAUGUUUCUAUGGUUUGUUUAAAACUCAAAAAACAUGGAAAUAAUAUCUUCAAUAUCUCAGCCAUAGGAAAUUGAUUUUAAUAAACUAUUUUUGUACCAAAUCGUUCUCGUUGGUGAACUGAUUUUUUUAUGCUCAGAUCGGAGAACAGCACCCUCUGGUGAUGGGCUGCAGUAUAGGUCAUAAACCCUGCCUCCUCUGGCAAAGCUUAUGGAGCUGUGGACAAAUUUUACAAAUUAAUUACACAGAAUAUCACUUUUUCUCCUCCUUGCUUGCGAGGUUGACAUGUAGUAAGACUGUAAGAAUGGUUUGUGCUCAAGUCCUUUUUUCUGUUCAGCUCCGUUUUUAAAAGUUAUUAGGGGGUUUAUGGUUUCUACGAUUGACACCUGAUACAGCCUGUGGGCGUACGAAGAUUGCGUAGCUCACCUGGGGAUACGCUGUUUCAGCCGAGCAUCAUCACAGCGACACUCUCCCACUGAAUGCGUACAAUGCUACUGCGCAAUGUUGGUUUCAGGAAAUGAAAAAUCGCGGAAAUACAGAGAGCUUUUCAGCUUCAAAUCCGUAUACUGGUGGAAGACGGAACUAGGUUGUCCGUAGUAUAUACAGUCUAUGGUUAUAUUGCACUAAAGAUGUUUGUAUGAUACCUGAUACUUUGGUUGUUUUCCUAUCAUCCAUGGUUAAAAUAAAAAAAUUAAAUAAUUAAGCAGAUUUUGUGGUCUAAACUAAUAAUUUCCCAAUCUCACUGGUAUCCAUCCCAAA